AUGAGUAAAACCAUCUCACAGCAACCUCCACGCACUUCUCAUCCGGCUGUCAAAUUCUCCUGUACUGACUGUGAACCAAUGGUUAUUGACAAGCUGCCUUUUGAUAAGUAUGAACUUGAGCCUUCCCCUUUAACACAGUACAUUCUGGAACGCAAGUCCCCACACACCUGCUGGCAGGUGUUUGUGUCCAAUAGUGGGAAGUACAGUGACCUUGGUCAUCCGUUUGGAUACCUUAAAGCAAGCACCACUUUAACUUGUGUGAAUCUCUUUGUGAUGCCAUACAACUAUCCUGUGUUACUUCCUCUCCUAGAUGACUUGUUUAAAGUACAUAAACUGAAACCAAAUCUGAAAUGGCGCCAGUCUUUUGACAACUACUUAAAGACCGUUCCACCUUACUUUUUAAUGCCACUAAAGAAGGCACUGAGGAUGAUGGGUGCUCCAAAUCUUAUUUCGGAGACUUUAGACUGUGGCCUUAGUUACAGUGUUAUCUCCUAUCUAAAAAAGCUAAGCCAACAGUCCAAGAUGGAAGCAGACCGAAUAAUUGGAUUGGUUGGGAAGAAGGUUCCACAGGAGACUUCGAUUAAAGUGAAAAACCAGACUGGUGGACUGUCCCUGGCACAUCGUAAAGAUUUCAAACAGCUGCUUCAAGGUAUUACAGGUGAAACUCCACUGCGGCUGAAUGAAAUAAAUGUAAAGGAAUUUGCAGGAUUUCAGAUAGCUCUUCUCAACAAGGACUUAAAGCCACAGACCUACAGGAAUGCCUAUGAUAUUCCACGUCAGAACCUCUUAGAUCAGUUAACUAGGAUGCGAGUAAAUUUGCUGAAAACUCAAAAAAUGAUUCGUGGACUUGAUGACGAUUGUGUCCAUAGUAUUCCUAUAGUUCAAAUGGGAAAUUAUCAAGAAUAUUUGAAAUCCUUGCCUUCUCCAUUACGAGAAAUUGAUCCAGAUCAACCAAAACGGCUUCACACAUUUGGUAAUCCGUUUAAGCAGGACAAAAAGGGAAUGAUGAUCGAUGAGGCUGAUGAAAUUGUUACUGGACCCCAGAACAAAACAAAAAGGCCAGGUGAAUCGAAUUCACCAGCAUCUGUUAAGAGAAGACGGAGCAUGUCGCCAUUGCUGCGGAGACCACAAACACCGCCUAUAAUAACUAAUCACAUUGGAGGAAAAGGCCCUCCACAAGCUUCUGGGACUCAAGUAAAUUCUAAUCUUAUCAAACCUAUUCCAUUGCAUAAAGAUACAAACAAUAUUUUACUUCCAGAUGGUACCGAAGAAAAAAAGCCAGAAAACUGGCAGUCCUUAGACAAGCAGAUAGAUGGGUUAUCAGAAGGCACAUCAGUUUUGCCAGUACUGUCUGAUGAUAUGAUGCAGACUGACUUAACCUUUCUACCUGAAACUGUUAACUGCAUUGAAGAAGAUGGACUAGAUCACAAACCUGUAAUGAAUGCACUUACAAAUACACCCUUGGAAAACUGUACAGAGUCUGACGAGGAAAAAACUGUGGAUGUAGAAUCCAGUUCAUUAAUAUCUGUGCCAAAUUCUGUCCGGGAUGUACAGAUUUUGGAAGGCUGCAUUGCAGAUCUCAAAGUGAAAGUGAUGAAGGAGGUUCGCAAACCAGGGAGAAAUUAUGAAAGAAUAUUUCAUUUACUUGAAGAGGUACAAGGACCACCAGUAGUUCAGAGAAACUUUAUUGAGUUCACUAUCAAGGAAGCAGCCAGGUUUAAGAGGCGAGUGUUAAUUCAACAGCUAGAGCGUUUAUUAGAGACUAUGAACUCUGACACUCCACCUUUCAAAGUUAACCAUGUAAAUAGUAGGUAACCAAACACAGAAUGGAAGAACUGUGAGCCAGAAGAGUGACACUCGUUCGUGCAAACGUUUGGAGGACAUGGCAGCAAACUGCAUCUGGGCAGUGGAGAGAUGUCUGUGCCCGAGUUGUUCAGAAGUAACAGGAGUGCUCUGUCUUCUUAAAAGGAGAUUGGCAGCUGCUUGGCCCUUAUUACUCAGGAUUUGCCAUAAACUAACUGGCUUUUACUUGUUUGGAGGGUGCGGUUCUCUCAGAAGGGCUGAAUGUGACUUCAUCUCUGCCCCUCCUACAGACAAUAGGAAAAGUGCGCCUGAGUGCUGCUGCUUCCUAGGCCCCGACUCCAGUGCUUUUUCAGCCUGUGAGGAGGACAGAGAUUCUUCAGGUGGAUAUGCAUAAGCUGUGCUUCGAAAGCACUAAACUAUUUUUUUAUAAACUUAUUUUCUUUUUAAUGUUCAUACAAAAGAGAAUAUUUUUAACAGUAUUGUUACAGAAGCAGUAAAUAGUCAUUUUAAAAAGUGUAUAAAGAGAACUUUUGUAAGUAUGUAUAUAAAAAUAAACAGUUUUAUUACACCUUUCCUCAAAAUAAACAAGGUUAUUGGGGUGUUUCACAAUG